CUCUCAUGUGGAAGUUAAAAGAAGUCCACCUGAAUGUAGACUAGGGAUUAACAGGUUAGAAAUGCUGUGUGUGUGAAAGGGAGGAUACACAGAGGGAGGCUGCAUUAGAUUGCUACGUACUGUACAUGUGUGGAAAAAGCAUACCGAAUACCACUAAUAUGUACAAUUAAUACAUGUUAAUAAAAGUAAAAUCAUAAAAAUCUUUCUAGGUAUACCUUGCAACAAGUUCCUGGAUUCAAUGGUUCUCUUCUCAGAAAAAAUAUAGUGAAAGUUAUAAUAGCCCAAAAGUGUCUGGAUCAACUGACCUUUGAGAAAAGAAAUUGUUUAAGUACAGAUAACCAUCAAUGGAGGUUAUACUAUACUGCUUUCAUUGGUCAGAAAACACAUAACAAAAACCAUAACAAAAACCAAGCCAAAUAAAAAAAAAUAAUAGCUUCGUGUCUUUAAGCCUGAAAAACUGUUAGCACUUGAAAAACUUGAAAUAUAAAUAACAGAACUCUUUUAAAAUUUUUAAAGGGAAAUUAGAUAUUUGGAGAAUGCAAAGUACUGUACUAUGAUUCACUUUUCUUUUUACUGGUAUGCCCAUGGUUUCCCUCCCAUCCACUAUCUGGACUAUUUUGAAGUCUCAUUUAAUCAUUUAGUUUCUUAUUUUGAUUACAAAAAUAAGUUUUCUGUGUUCUUUCAAGCUGUUUUGGGACAACGUUCAUUACAGAAAGGUAGGUUGGGCUAGGCCCAUCUCUGGGAUUUCAGCUUAGAGUGAGGGGCAGAAGCUUACUCUCUAGGGAUACAAUUGGGUGUGGGGAGAGGGUAAUAUUCAUGAGGUCAGAAUGGGAGGAACUGGAGCCAGGAGAUUUGAUCCUGUCCCUCCAUUGACAAGAGCACACAGAAAGAGACACACACACACACACACACACACACACACACACACACACACACGAAUGUUUCUAUAAUGACAGGCUCUGCGUGUGCUGGGAGGAAAGGUUUGCCAAACAAGUUAGUGAGCAAGGGGUGCAGGUGGGGCUGGCCUAGUUCUCCUGCCUUUGUUCACACUCUGGGAGGCUCAGAAGACUCCCCUGAGAAAUUGACCUCAGAGCCUGAGGUCAGAGUGGAAAUAACUAGGCCCAGGAAGUGGUGAGGGGAGCAGAGGGGCCAGCGCUCCCCAGGCAGAGUGAAUUGCUUGUUCAGAGGCUUUUGGCAGGAAGAAGCUGUGUAUCGUAGAGGAACUGAAAGCUGACAGAGAGGCUAAGGUGCAGAGCAAGGGAAGCUGGAAGGCAAGACGGUAUUCAGAGGUUAUUCAGAGUUGAGCAGGGAGGGCCUGUGUGAUCCUGUAGGUCAUGCCAUUGUUUUGCUCUCCUGACAAAGAGCCACCAGCCGGACCAGGCAAAAGGUUAGGGUGGUGAUGAUGAGGAAAUGUAGAGAGAGAGCCACUUAAGAAAUGUAAGGUAGAGCCCAGCUGGCAUGGGAGAGGGUCAGCAGCUACCCAGGCUCUGACUGAGUAAAGAAGGGAUCCUCGACCAGGUGACAAGGGCUCUGAGCCACUGUUGUUGUCAGUUUCUUAUUUUCAGUGUGAGGAACGGGUACUUGGCUCUCCAGGUUCACAGAUCUGCACUUUAAUUUUAUGUCUUUUCUUUGGAAUAGAAGGAGAAGGAGUGAGCAGGAGGUAGAAGAGGCAGCCAGCAGGAGGAGAGGCCCGAAGGAGGGGUGAGAGGUGGAGGAGAAUGUAGGGGAGCACCCAUACAGUCAGGCAUAUUACUGUACUCCAGUAAGUGGGCAUUAUGUGUGAAAAAGAUGUGUAUCCAUUAAUUAAAAUAUUUUAUUGCUAAAAACUGUUUAAGAUCAUCUGAGCUGUUAGGAAAAUGGUGCUAAUAGAUUUCCUCCAUGCAGGGUUGCCACACAUCUUCAAAUUCCACAAAAUACAGCAUUAAAGUGAAGUGCAAUGAAAUAUGCUUGUAUCCCCCUCCCUCCACCAAAAAAAAAAAAAAGAAAGAAAGAAAGAAAGAAAGAAAAGAAAAGGAAACCCAAACAAGAAACAAAAAUAAAACCUAAAGGGAGUCAGGAAAUCAGAGAAGACGCUGGCUCAGAAGAUACCAAGGGCCAUCAUAGGAGGAAAGAGAAACUGGGAAACACUGAAAUGGAUGAAUCUUGGGAUAUGAACGCUCUAGAGAAUGCCAGUCUAGUCAAACUCUCUCAAUGUGCCACUGAGAAAAUCAUUUUCAAUGUUUUAUUUUAUUGUAAAUAUAAUCCUUACACUUGUAAACAUUUUGGAAGACUUAAAAGGGCAAAGCCAAUUAAAAUCACACGUAGUUCGUUCCACCUGGAGACAUCCACGGCUAAGCCCAAGCCUUUCCUCCUCCCUUUUUCUUUGCAUUUUUAACACUGUCCAAGUUGUGACAUAUAUACACCUUGACGUACUUUUAAAAACACUAAGAGAACAGUUGUAAAGCAUCCCAAGUUCUGUUUCAAACGGUUUAAUGAGCGAAACAGAUGCUAAGACCAGGUGAUUGCGAAAUCUAGCGUAGGAGCGACACCGCUGGGACUCCUCCCACCCCUUCAGGGCUCUGGGAAGCUGGAAUAGCCUAAAGCCAGAGGGAUCUCGGGCAGAAGAGGAGAGCAACCGCCUAAGGAGUGAGUUUGUAGCCCAGAGCGAAGCGAGCUGAGCCUGCAGGUGGCGAGGCGUGCAGAGGAGCGCAGAGGGCUUUGCCCAAUGUUGCGCGGAGCCCGCGAGGUUCCUACGCCCGGCGACAUGGGAUGCGCACGGUUCCUGCUGCUGUGGGUGCUUUCCCAGCUUUCGGGAAAUUAUGAGGGCCACUCGCUGUACACUUCCAAGCUUCACUCAUUCUCAGUCCCGCAAAAGAAUUUCACCUUCCUCUGGCUCCAGACCUCGUCCUUUCCCAGCAACACCUCCACACGCGCGGAGGGCGUGGCGUGGCUCGGGGAGCUGCAGACGCACAGCUGGAGCAACGCCGCGGACACUAUUCGUUUUGUGAAGCCCUGGGCUCGCGGCACGUUCAGCAGCCAACAAUGGGACAAAAUGCAGCACCUGUAUCUGGGCUUCCGAAGCAGUUUCACAAAAGACGUUCGGAAGUUCGCUCAAAUGCUGCGCUUCAAGUAUCCCAUGGAGCUGCAGCUGUCUGGUGGCUGUGAGGUGCACCCUGGGAACGUCUCAGAACACUUUCUCCAUGUAGCAUAUCAAGGAGAACAUAUCCUGAGUUUCCAGGGAACUGCUUGGGAGCCUGUCCCACAGGCCCCCCAGUGGGUAGAUUUGGUCAUCAAAGUGCUCAACCAGGACCAAGGGACAAGGAAAACAGUGCAGUGGCUCUUCAGUGACAUCUGUCCAGAAUAUGUCAAAGGCGUCCUAGAGACAGGGAAGUCGGAACUGGAGAAACAAGGUCCACCUGUUGUCCUCUCCUCCUGUUACUCAGGCUUCUUCUAGGUUUUGCCAUCCCAGGGUUUGCUUUCCUUUAAGCAUCAGACAAAGAGCAAGACAUAGGAGGGGAUGGAUAAGGCAUGAGGGUAUUUGUUGACAUCACCCAGUGUCACUGAGUACCUGCUGGGUUCCAUGAGUUG